AUGUCACCCUUGAAUGAACUUACUACUCCGACUACAGCAGGGCCUAAAAUGGACGCACAAGUUGCAGGUGAUGGAGUGGAAGCCUUCCCAGGCAUGCAUACAGAAGGGCUGAAAUGGAAGCAACAGUCUAUGGUGGAGUGGAAGGGGCUGAAAGGGAAGCGGAAGUCCCUGCUGAUGGAGUGGAAGCUUUUCUAG